AUGAUAACAAUAAUAACAAUAUAAAUAAUAGAUUUUAUUUGUCAUGCACUUUACGUUUUCAACAAAAUCUCAAAGUGCUGCAGUUGAUAGAAAGAGAAAAACAACUAAUAAAAACAGGAACCAUAAAAUGCAGAUAAGGGACAUGUGACGUGAACAGACUGCUGUUCACUAAUUGACCAUGAGACCAGGUCAAAUGAGAAUGUACCUGAAGACGUAGUGCAGGGAAAAGUUAACAAAACUCAAGACCAACUACAAUGAUAUUAAGGACCACAAUGGCCAGAGCUGAUCAAACUGAAAUCUAUUUGUCCUAUUUAAGAAUCAUAAACCAUGCCUGUAGGCUGAAAGAAAAAGAACAAAAUGUCAGCUUUCUGAAUGAAUGUGACAAUGUCACACAAUGACAUUAAUAGUGGCACAGCUCACUACACUGAUGGCUGGAGGCGGUGGGUCCAUGGAACCCAACAGGUUCCAUGCCAAGUAGAGAGAGACCAAGUGGAACGGAUCCAUGCUGCCUAAAAAGACCCGGUGGAAAAGGGGCAUGUGGUGCUGCUGACAAAUUUAAAAUUAAACAGAGAGACACACAAUCCACAUUUAAUAGCAGCGCUGUUUGGAGUUUGGAUUUGAGUUGCGAAUUUAAGCCAAAACGCUUUAGGAGCUUUAGGAGAAUUGUCUGCAGAAAAUAAAACUUUGUUUUACAGUAAAAGGUGAGUGUCUCAGUGUGUCCUAUAAAAUCAGAGUAACAUGGAGUCAACAUACCUAAAAACAAACAAGAAGUAAUAAAAAACCAAGACUGGUAAAGAGGAAACUGGGAAUACCGAACCAGUGUGAGUGGAUUCUGGUUCGUCCAGUCUUGUUUUAGGAACUCAGAGGACACAAUUGGAAUUAAAAACAGCAAUAUUGAAUUAGCCCAAACUCGAUGAUUGUUGGAUGGAUCUCAGACAAGGGACAUUAAUCUGUCUGAGCUAUGUUUUUAAUAAGUUGUUCAGACCCUAACAACUCGGGCAGGUGAAUAUGGUUCAGACACUUAAAGAGAAAAACAGCUCCCUGUUUUUCUGUUUCAUUGUGGUGAGAAUUUUGGCAGCUCCGCCUGCUAAUCUCCAUUUCUGUGGAUAAUUAUCUUUCCAGCAGGGAUGAAUGGACAUGUCACCUCCUCUAUUCACAGAAAGAAUGGAGGGAUGAAGAGGAGGGUCACUGCAGAAAAACUUUGAUUUUCCUGUAGCUGUUUGUUAAUCUGAUCAUGAGUAAAGUUUAAAAUGACCCGAUAUUCAGUCUGCUGAAGAUUAAAAUGUUAUAUUCUUUCUAAAUGCCACUUGUCUCUCAUUCAUCCAUCAGAACCGAACACACACAAGCAUUUUCCUGAACACAAAAAGAACCCAUGUCACUGAAACGAAAUAUUUUAAGACAUGCCUCAGUGUUUUCCAGCAAUGUUGAAUGUCAAGUUGAAUGUCCUGCAGGUUUGCUAAAGGUUUGUCGUCGGCAUCAGAAAAACAGACCUGACUCCAUCAACCUGUGAGGUGUCUGGACAGUUUUUUUUAAACUGCUGGAACCACUUUCCUUUCAGAACUGACCUGCACCUCUUCUCCAAACUGUUUUUGCUUUUCCCCUCAGUAAGCUCUCUGAAUGUGGCCCCUGGCCUGUAAAGUUUGGAGCCUCCUCUUCUUGCAGCACUCUGAGCUGUCCUCACCUCCUCAACAGACUCCUUGUUCAGCCUUGAAGCUCAUAGUGUUUCUAUGGACUGAAGCCUUUUGUCCUCAAACACAGGCAGAGACAGAGGGAUGGGGAGCUGAAAAAAAAAGAAACGGAAGGAGAGGGAUAAACAAUUACAGAGCAAAACGGUCCUCAUAGGUUGACAUAACCCUCUGAAUCAAACUCUGUAGGUUUAUUUUCCUCCACAUGACACAGUUCUGUUUGAUGUUGUUUUGUUGACUCCAUCUGACAUGAUUCUUAUCUGGAAUAUGAUUCAGGGUCAACAUCUCCAACCGGUAAUAGAUUAAUCCCUCAAUGAGACUCUAAAAUAAUCUUCUUACAUCAUGAAAACACCUGGUGCUGUCAAAGAGGAUGACAGCACCAAACUACUUCUCUCUUAUAUCGUUAUUGUACUGCUCUUCCUUCUACACCAUUCAAGCUUUAUUAAUACAGAAAAAUUCUGCACGGAUUUAAACGAUUUCUCUUAGGACCACAACCAAUCGAGAUGAUGGAAAACCAGAUUCCAAACGCAUUCCAAAAGCCUAGAGAGCAUAAAUAAAGAAAUAUUAAGAGAUAAACUGCAGAUGAUUAGAUGAUGCUGAAAUAUCUUGGAUUGGAUUCAUUCAAAUGCUGUUUUCCACAAAUCUUCAUGUUUGCUGUAAUGUGGCUUGCUGCUUGUUGACAAAAACAUUAUAGAAAUGUCAGGCUUUGUAGGAUGUUAGCAGGACCAAACUGCACGCAGGAGCUCGGGAGCAGCAUAGUGAGUAUAAUAAUUUGAGGAUAAAUAAAGCAGCAAACCUACAGUCAAGACACAACAGUCAAGAGACAAGACAUAGAGCAUUUGCAGAGAACAAGGCAAUGCAACAGGAAAAAUGGAGAACAGGUGAGGAGAAUGGAAGAAUCGAGCAGUGAAAGAUGAAAAGUAGAGACCUAAUAUACAGCAGGAUGAGUGGAGAAAUAGCUAAGACCAAUAGAGGAGUGAAAGGAAAGGAAAGCAAUAAGCAGGAUCUGAAUAAAGAAGAACACAGGCACAAAAUCCAACAGAAAUAAUACAAAAUGUACAUAAAACACGAGAAUGAAAAAUAAAUUAAUACUCAAAGGAAUGUACUAAAAUGCCAACAACUAGAGCACAUAAACAGCAAGGAAAUGAAGAAAACAUGACAGAGCUCAAAACACAAACACCCAAGGAUCAUGACGAGAAAUAAGGCUUGUUGUUAAAAACAGUUUUUUAUGUGAGUUAGUGUAGAAAUAUUUACAGGUUUUCUCAGGUUGGUGUUUCACAGUUUAACACUUUUGGUUUUUCAGAGUUAGAGUCUGCACACAGUGGCAUCGCGGAUGUGGACAAGCUGCCGAUUCCUCAACACAUCCUUAUCAGCAACAUUACAUGCGAUUCCUUCAAGAUCAGCUGGAACAUGGACAGCAGAGGCCAGGAUCGGAUCACACAUUACUUCAUCGACCUGAACAAGAAGGAAGACAAGAGUUCCAACAAGUUUAAACACAUGGAUGUACCAACCAAGCUGGUGGCCAAGGUGGUUCCUCUGCCAAUGACCGUCAGAGGUCACUGGUUCCUGAGUCCUCGAACAGAAUACACCGUGGCCGUUCAGACAGCCACCAAACAGCAUGAUGGAGAAUAUGCUGUUUCUGCUUGGAGCGAGAUCAUUGAGUUCUGCACAGCAGAUUACUCCACCAUCCAGCUAAGGCAGCUCCUGCAGAAAGCUGAAGCUAUCGCCGGCAGGGUGUUACCAUUCACAGUCUUCUACAGGAACCAGCAGAGGGAGUACUUCCAACCAAACAGUCAGUAUUACCGUUCCAGAGACGCUCAGUGCUUCCGCAUGCUGCCAUCAGUAAAGGACAACAGCGGGAGCCACGGGUCACCAAUCAGCGGUAAACUGGAGGGCAUCUUCUUCAGCUGCAACACAGAGUUCAACACUGGACGACCUCCACAGGACUCUCCGUAUGGGCCGUACCGCUUCCAGAUCCAAGCAGACCUCCUCUUUAACCAGAACACCAACAUCUACUUUGGGGAUUUUUACUGCAUGUACACCUCAUACCACUAUGUCAUUGUGGUUCUGGCCCCCAACAAUUCCAAAGGGGACAUCUUUUGUAGAGGUAAGCUGCCAGCCUUGGAUAGGUCCAACAACUGCUUCCUGAGCUGCACUGAGGAGGAGGAUGGCUCGCUGUCCUUCCAUCAUGCUCAGGACGUCAUUCUGGAGGUGAUUUACACUGAACCGGUGGAUCUAUCGCUUGGGAUGGUGUCACAGAUCAGCGGGCACCAACUGAUGAGUUUGUCUACCCUCAAUGCCAAGAAAGACCCCAGCUGCAAGAUCUGCAACAUCAGUGUGGGACGUUAACAGUUUCUUCAGACAGGAUGACCAGCACACCUGAAUGGUAGCGAACACAUGAGCUACUAACUAACUUUAACACCACUGGUUAAGUGCCCGACUGAAAAAGGCCUCUCAGAAACCAGGCUCAUGGAUUGUUUAAGCAUUAGCUUAACAUAUCCUACAGUAAGACAGCAACCUCAUGUGGUCGUAUAGAUGAAGAUGAGUCUGGAUGGAUGAAGAAAACAUGGAAACUGCUGUUUGUUUCCUGUCAGUCUGUUGUUUUUAUAACUUCAUCUGUCAGUUUUUAUUGUACCCAUGGAAACACGUCAUCUGACUUUAACAAAAUUUGUAUCUAAAGCACAAACAUUUCUCUUUAUCAAACUUGAAUCAGGCUGUGCUUUGAAGAAGCAUGCAUUUACCACAGUGUUGGUCCUUCUUUGAAGAGUGUAUCUUUGCCUUAUCUUCUGUUUCAGAUUAACUCAUUUGCAAUACACUGUUUAGGUCAGAGAGGUUGGGAAAUCAAAAUAACAGCUAUUACAAAAAACUAAUUAAAAUGACCCUAGGAGACAAUUUUUAGUAGUUUAUGUCAGAUUCAUUCUGUUAGAGUCCAUGGAGAAUGGUGAAAUGUAUUUUAUGUCUACCUGCUGUGAAUGUUCUUGAAAAUCAAUAAACAAAAAUUGUACCUGCAAA